GGAUAAAUGCGGUGGCGCCGGUCGUAGGAGAGAUUCUGUCCUGAGCGCUAAGGCUCCUUGGCGUUUGGUGGCGUCAGGUUCUGCGCCUGAGCCCGCCCCUGUACCUGCCUGUGCCAUGGCGGACGAAGGGAAGUCAUACAACGAGCAUGAUGACCGUGUUAGUUUCCCUCAAAGAAGAAAGAAAGGCCGGGGGCCUUUCCGAUGGAAGUGUGGUGAGGGGAAUCGUAGGUCUGGAAGAGGUGGUUCUGGUGUACAGUCUUCCCGAUUUGAGGAAGAUGAUGGCGAUGUAGCAAUGAAUGAUCCCCAGGAUGGCCCCCGAGUAAGAUACAAUCCCUAUACCAACCGGCCUAAUCGUCGGGGAGAUGGUUGGCAUGAUCGAGAUCGAAUUCAUAUUACUGUACGGAGAGACAGAGCUCCUGCAGAGAGAGGAGGGGCUGGCACCAGUCAAGAUGGGACCACCAAGAACUGGUUCAAGAUUACAAUUCCUUAUGGUAGAAAGUAUGACAAAACGUGGCUUCUGAGCAUGAUUCAGAGCAAAUGCAGUGUCCCCUUCAAUCCCAUCGAGUUUCACUAUGAAAAUACACGGGCCCAUUUUUUUGUGGAGGAUGCCACUACUGCUUCUGCAUUAAAGGGUGUCAACCAUAAGAUCCAGGAUCGAGAAAACAGAAGGAUAUCUAUCAUCAUCAAUGCUUCUGCUCCACCCUACACUGUACAGAAUGAACUGAAGCCCGAACAAAUAGAGCAGCUCAAGCUGAUCAUGAGCAAACGAUAUGAUGGCAACCAACAAGCACUUGACCUCAAGGGGCUCCGCUCAGACCCAGAUUUGGUGGCCCAGAACAUCGAUGUUGUUCUAAACCGCAGAAGCUGUAUGGCAGCCACCCUGCGGAUCAUUGAAGAGAACAUUCCUGAGCUAUUGUCUUUGAACUUGAGCAGCAACAGGCUAUACAAGCUGGAUGAUAUGUCUAGCAUUGUGCAGAAGGCGCCAAACCUAAAGACCCUAAAUCUCUCCGGAAACGAAUUGAAGACUGAGCGGGAAUUAGACAAGAUAAAAGGGCUGAAGCUGGAAGAGCUGUGGCUUGACAGAAACCCCAUGUGUGACAACUUCGGAGACCAGUCCAGCUAUAUCAGGUCAGUUGUAGCCUCUGUCUCCCCUCCUGGGGACAUUCACCCCUGGGAGGCUGAGCUCAUGCACCCUGACCAGUGCCCGUCUACAGGAGAACAUGCAGCCCUGAGCUGGAACCACCUGUUCUUUGGGAGGAGGAUCAUGUAUUCCUUUCUGCCUGUCUGUUGUCUCCUAGCUCUGUCCCAGAUCUCUUCUUUCUUCUCACCUGACUUCUGUUCUCUAGUUCUGGCCUUUCUCCUUCUUUCUUGAACACAGCCUUUUCUAGAAUCUCCCUACCUGUUAUUCCAGGAAGAGCACCUCCCCUUUUCUGUUCUGAUGUGGAGGUGUCUUAUAUAUGCCCUACCUGUGUGUUUGUCUUCAGCAAAAGCCUGGUGUGCUUAGGCUGUGAGAAAGUCCUUUCUUACUGGGGCUGUCUACUGAGACAGGCCUUCCUUUGUCCUUUCAUGGUCCCUCUUGCCGUUGUACCAAGAGGGACUCUUUAUUUUCAUGAUCCACUUAGCCAAGGCUGUGGCCUGGUCCUUUCUGCCCAUGCUGAUGUUGAUGCCUCUUGGAGGCUGGUACCAUGCUAUUGGUCUCUCUUGCCCAGUGCUGUGAACUGGGCCUUUCCUGGAGAAGAAAUCUGGGUUUCCCUAAGAUGUGAUCAAAGCCGGGGCCCCGCCAGCAGGCGAGGGGGAUCCCAAGGCAAGUGCUGGGCGUGGAGGCCACAGGGGCAUCUGCUACCAAGGAGACAGAGAAAUGACCCUGUCGGGCACAGCCCCUCCCUCACUCGCACACCUCACAGUCACCCUGCUUGGCCCCGAGGAUGGCUGGUUAGCCAGAGACGGGUAAGAUUCCUCAGGGAAGGAACAACCUAAGACAGGCACAGUCGCAGAGGGGCCAUCAGGAGAGAACUUGGGGGCCAACUGAGGUGGGGCACAGACCCUCACCCCCCCAACUCGGCAGAGGCCUGAAUCCUCAUGUCUUCUGAGGGAGGUUUCCUGGCCCCAUGGCUACUUUACCUCCCACGCCCAGCUUAGACCGGGACCCAGAGAGCAGACAGAGACCUGGCCAACAGCAACUGCAAAUCAUUAUAGGAUUUAUUCUUCAUUUCUACCUUGGGACCACAGGAAAAGGGCAGCUGAAGGAAAUGGCUGUUUCAGGAGGUCUUUCUUUCUGCCAUUCUUUUCUGAAUGCCUCUGCCUUCAGGUCUGUCCCUGUUGCUUUGCUUCCUCUUUGUCUCUCCAUUUCUCUCUUGUUCCUGCCCUACCUUUCUCCAUUUCUCUUUCCCUUGGUCUCUUUUCUUUCCUCCUCCUUGAGCCCUGUCUUGUUCAUCUCCUUGCCCCAACAUCCUGUGCCAUACUUGUGGUGUGUUCUGGUCUUGGCGAAGGCCAGACCUGGCAGAACUGGUGGAUACCUGGUGAGGCAGCGGAGCCCCUGGGCUCCAACCCCAUUCCCUCCUCCCGGGGCUGCACAGGUGAGUAGGUGGAAGGUAAGGGGGGCAAGGUGGGGAAGGCAGCCCUAGGCUUAAAGCCUGGGCUGAGAGUGCCCUCCUGUGGCACUCGGGAUCAGGCAGCAAGACAACAGAGCCAGCCUUCAAGGCAAUUAAGAAGGGGGUGCCCCUGGUGAGGAGGGGAAUGGGGGUUCUUGUCCCCAUGUUUAAGUUGGGGAGGAGUGGGCGAUAAGCAGGAUGGGAUGGGCUGUUCCUCGGGUUUUUGGUGUAUUUGCUCCUAGAGCAGCCCAGGAGGCAUGAUGGCUCUGAAGCGUCACUCACUUCUGUCCCGUUCUUGACAGCGCCAUUCGCGAACGAUUUCCCAAGUUAUUACGCCUGGAUGGCCAUGAGCUACCCCCUCCAAUUUCCUUUGAUGUCGAAGCCCCUACAAUGUUACCACCCUGCAAGGGAAGCUAUUUUGGAACCGAGAACCUAAAGAGUCUGGUCCUGCGCUUCUUGCAGCAGUACUAUGUAAUUUAUGACUCAGGAGACCGCCAGGGUCUCCUGUAUGCCUACCAUGAUGGCGCCUGUUGCUCGCUAAGCAUUCCUUACAACCCUCAGAAUCCUGUCCGAAAAAACUUAGCUGAAUAUGUCAAAGACAGCAGAAAUGUGAAGAAGCUUAAAGAACCCACCCAGCGGUUCCGACUCUUAAAGCAUACACGUCUUAAUGUCGUUGCCUUCCUCAAUGAGUUACCCAAAACUCAACAUGACGUUAACGCCUUCGUGGUAGAUAUAAGUGCCCAAACAAGCACAUUACUGUGUUUUUCUGUCAAUGGAGUCUUCAAGGAAGUGGAUGGGAAGUCUCGAGAUUCUUUACGUGCUUUCACAAGAACGUUCAUUGCUGUUCCUGCCAGCAAUUCAGGGCUAUGUAUUGUAAAUGAUGAAUUAUUUGUGCGGAAUGCCAGCCCUGAAGAAAUCCAAAGAGCCUUCGCCAUGUCUGCACCCACACCUUCCUCCAGUCCAGUACCCACGCUUUCCCCAGAACAGCAGGAAAUGUUGCAAGCAUUUUCUACCCAGUCUGGCAUGAACCUUGAGUGGUCUCAGAAGUGCCUUCAAGACAAUAACUGGGACUACACCAGAUCUGCUCAGGCCUUCACUCUUCUCAAGGCCAAGGGAGAGAUUCCAGAAGUAGCGUUUAUGAAAUGAUCACAAGAAAAGUCCCCUUGUAAAUAGCCCCUGGAUAAUAUUGUCUGGCUGUCAUCUGCCGUCUCCUGUCCAGCCCGAGGCCACCCUGUAACUGUGACUGAGGAGGAAGGGCUGCUUCAUCCUCCUCACCUACCUUCUGGAAGACUUAGAGAAGACUUCCGGAAGAUUGAGCCUCAUGGUGCCAGGAAGCCAAAGCUUACUUUGUAGAGCUGACACUAAACUACCCGAAGGACUUAGGUGCUCUGUGUACUUAACCCCAGGAUUCCCUUUACUUUUUAAGAUAAAGAGUGAUAUUGUA